AUGCUGUCUCUCCACGCACUAGGCCUUGCUCUUGCGUGCACAGUGCUGGCUCUGCCGUUCAAGCGAGAGGUGCCUCAAGAACACUCCCAUAAUAUUGUGUUGGCAUCCGUGAGGCCUAUGUUAGACCUGAAUAACCCCGACAACAUCGUUGAUCCAGUGUUCGGCCUCCUUGGGGACGCAGCGGCCGCCGGCGGUGCUGGCAGCAUUACAAAUCUUGACUGCCUACAACAAGCUACCGCAGAUCAAGCAUUCACCAAUGCCAAGACAGCUGGAAACAUCACCGGCAUGACCUAUGCAUUGAUCUACCGGGCCCUUGAGCGCAAUACUGGCGCGGUCGGCGAGACGUCCGUGCUCUGUAACGAGACAGCUGUAAACUCGGAAGUUCAGGCAAUCACACAACAUCAGGAUCCUGCGUCUACAAACGCUGCGACGGUGAACAAGAACAUCGCUCUUGAGCUGGCGAAGCAAAUCGCAUCCGUGGGCGGGGAACCUACGCUGGCGCUCAUGUCGGGGACGUUCGCGCCCGGCCAGAUUGGAGAUCCUACUGCUGCAGGCAACACCUGCGAUGUCGCAGAUGAUGAGCCCGGAUGUAUAUUCACAGAGAACCUCCUUGUUGAUGACGCCACGGCCGCCGAGAUCAGCGCUGCUGUCGCUGCAAUUUCCGUAUCCACUGCUACCGCGUCGGCGUCGGCUGGUACGACAACCGCUACAUCGACGUCCACAACCGACUCGGAAGACGACACAACGGCGACUUGUAGCGCAUUUGUCACCGUAACAGUCACCGCAACCGCAACCGCAAUUGUGAAUGCUACUCCCAGUGCUGCAACUGUCAUAGCUUCAGCGACAUCUGCCGCCGCGACUGCGACAACCACUGCUUCAGGCACGAACCUACAGACCUUCACCGGUGCCCUCGGUGGUAUCAGUGCUCCAUCUGUCGUGGCUAAUGGUAGCGGAUUCGAGGUUACCACUGAGAGCUCAGAUCCAUUUGUGACCUUGGCCGCCGCGAUCGGCCGCUCCUGCGACAUCCAGCACAACCAAUGUGCGGAUGCCGCCAACGCAGACGGCAAUUCUUCGUUCACGGUUGGGGACUGCGACACUCAAGAUACUCAGUGCAAGGCUGCAACUUCUUGA